AUAGAAAAAUACGCGCAAGCGCUCAUUUUUAUUUGUAUUUUAUGAGCGAACAAAUUUAUUGGCUUGAAACUUAUAAUUUGUUUAUAAUCUUUGUAUAAAAAAAAAUUAAAUUAUUCUGAUAUACCUGGAAAGAAGAUAACAUUCAUUUUAUGAUAUGGUAUUAUCAACACGUCCUAGCCGCCUCAAAGGGUUGAGAUCGAAAUCGCCAAUUGUCGUCAGGUCUUUAAAAAGUUCAACCCUUAAGCAAAACCCCAAACAAUAUAAUAAGAUAAUAAUAACUACAGGCAAACUUGGAUCGGUUCUACCAAACAAAACGCUGUUGCCUAGAUCUGAUGGAUAUUCGAUGUUGGAAAAUUAUAGCAAUGAUUAUGGUUACUCUCCACUCUCAAUUUCUUUAAAAAAGCAGUCUUCAAAUAAGCUAGCAUCAUUUAAAACCCCCUCUAAGCAAAUAAUAUUGGUUAGAAGUACUAGGAGUCGAAACACGAAUAUUAUGACAACCGUGAGUCGUUCAGCAUCUCAUAUUUUACCCCUCAAAUUUAUGUCUAACAUAGCGCAACAACGCUUAAAUAAUCAAAAUCCCCGCGGAAGGAUUAGUUCAUCGGUCGGUAAGGAGGUAAUAAAACCUUAUAACCAAGGAGGUUUCUACAAGAACAGUGAUAAUAUUCAAUCAUGGAUGCGUUCUGAUAAUAAUCUUGAUGUAAGUAAAAGAAAUAAAAAAGGGAAAUUAUUUUUAAAAAACCUAAAGAACUCAAACAAGAGAACAAUAAGAAAGAUUAAUAAGGACACCCGCGUUAUUAAAAGAUCUCUCAUAUCGCCUAGAUCAAAAUUUUCUGGUAAAACUAGAUUACCAUCGAGAUCACCUUUCAAAUCUAAACAAAUAGUUACAGAUUUCUCUCAUAACUCGCAUAGAUCUUCUACCUCUUCAUCUAGUUCCUCAGCACGAAGAUCUCAUUCUAGGUCAAGCUCGAGUUCAACCUUGUCAAGUUCUAAAUCAGCCUCUAAGUCACCUUCCAAGGCUAUUUUUAAGUCUAAAUCGAGCUCACAAAAAACGUCACCUUUUAAAACUACCAAAAGGGCUUUGAAAUCUAGAAGCUCAACCAAAGCUAUCGCCGUUAAAGCAUCUUCCAAGAUCUUACAUAAGACUAAGUUGCCAAAAAAAUCGAAUGUUCUGUAUGAUAUUAAAGACACAUCAUUAGCAGAGAGUAAUCAUCCGGUCGAAGCUGCUACUAAAAACAAUAUUUUACUUAGAAAAAAAGGUGUUAUAAACACUAUUUUUGGUAAACGUCAUAAAUCUUAUAAAGGUGGCAGAACUCAUAGACCCAAAUCAAGUAAAACUGAACCUAAAUCAUCGAUAAGAUCUGGAUCCUUACACUAUGCGGGAGAUCAUCAAAUUAAAUCCAGAAAAGCUCAUUCAUCACAUGCCAAUUUGAUUCUUCCAGACUUUGUCAAUAAGCAUUCAAAACGUUCCUUAAAUAAAAGACAAACAAAAUAUAAUCCAGUAAAAAAAAAUACUCAAGCACAUUCAUCAAUUGAAAAUGUAAAUGAUCCCCAACAUAAAAAGGCACGGAGGAUAAAUUCUCGAAGAAGCAUUAAAAAAGUGCACAUUAGUGAAAAGAAAAUAUUAGAUGCUGAUAAAAUUCAACCAUACUCAAAGAAAUAUCAUUUUAAAGAUAGGCCAUCCCAUUACAAAAGUACUCAUGGCUCAAAAUUUGGAAAAAUACUCAAAUCUAAAAGUAAAAAGGCAGUCAAAAAUGUGGGUUCUUAUAUAAAACAAAGAGUCCUCAAGAAAGCAUCACCUCCAAUAAAUAAUCAGAAAGAACUAACAUCAUUUAAAACUUUAAUUUCUGCAACUCCACCCGAAAUUGGCUCAUAUGCUAAUAAAGGGCCUAACAAACCCCAUGUUAAGAAAUUAAAGCAAAAGGCCAAACCGCCCAUUAUAAAUGUCAUAAGAUCUUCAAGGUUAAAAAGUAAAAAUUCGAAUAUUCAUAACAAGAUCAAGAGAGUGGGGAAAUCCAAAAGGGCACUUAAUCAGUCGCACAAAAAAGCAAAUUUAAAAAAAUCUAGAUUACCCAAUAUUAUGAGUGAAGGUCGAGAUGAACAAUUACCUAAUCCGGGGACGGCCUAUAAAAUUCGCCGUUUAAGACAUUCUCACCAACCUGGAAGGUCCAGCAAAAUAUCAAGAUUGCCUAUUAAGAAGCCACCUCGACACUUGGGUAUUCGCCAUAAGAACAAACAUUUAGCUGGUUCAAAAAAAUUGUUAACAACUCGCUCCAAAAAAUUAAAAAAUAAAAAAUCAAGGCUAUCUAGUCCUUCAAAAUUGAAACCAGUUGAUAAGCAAAUCGAAAGUUUUGGUAUGGUUGCUCCAAUUGUGAAUUACAAUAAAAAAAUUCGCAAAUUAAAAAAUUCAGAAAAAUCUCACAGAAUUGGUGAAUUCAAGCACACCAGAAAGAGGAAGGCGAAUAAAACCCUUCAGGGUACCAAGAAACGUGUACCAGAAAAGCUAUCGAAUAACGAUAAAACAAAAGGACAGAAUAUCCCUCCCAGGAGAAAGAUUAAUAUAGAAAAUGCUAAAAAGAAGGCUCAGCAUUCAACUCAUAAUUUCACGAAUAUCUCCACAUCUAAACCAUUAAAAAAAACAAAAUCUUCAAAAUUACAGAAGAAUAUUAAAGUUAUAAAUACAUCUAUCAAAAGAACAACAUAUAGAAGCAAAUUAUUGUCUGGUAAAAAACCGGAACCUUUGAUAUAUCGUUCAAGUCACAAAAUAAAUAAAAAUAUUUCUCAAUUAAAAAACCACAAGACUGAUAUAUCGCAUAACAAAAAUUAUAGGCUCAGUCCUUAUAAACUUCAGGAUUAUUACGGGGAAUUCCAUAAAUCACCAGAGAAAAGUAUUCCUAUCAAAACAAAAUCUUUAGGGACAAAAAAAUCGGGGAUUAAAAAAAUCAGGUUUGAGAAUUCCAAUAAUGUGCAAUCGAAUCAAAAGUCUCCAAGGAAAAAGAAAAUAUUGGGAAGUUUUAUCAGUCCUCGCAACAAAAUAAAGAAUAAAAAUCCAAAAUCUUCUGGGGAUAUUGUGGUGCAUAGAAAACCAAAGUCCGCGCAUAAUAAACACCCAUACACUACACACAUCGCUACUAAGCGUGUUGUUUUGAAAGAGAAGAUUGUUCAACGUAAAGCAAUUAUUAAUGCAAAGAGGCUGAAAAAAAUAUCAGCACAUCCACCAGUUAAAAGAGUUAAAUCUCAUGGUUCCCAUAUUCCGACUAGACAUGUUAUUUUGAAAAGUAUUGGUCAAAGUAAAGCAACUCUUAAUGUAGGGAAGCUAAAGAAAUUAUCCGCUCGUCGACAAGUUAAAAGAGUUAAAUCCCAAAGUUCAAAACCCAUCCCAUCGGAUUUUGCCAUGAAAAGGAGGAUCGGAAAACGUCAAGUAACUCCUAUUACAAGGAAGAUGGAGAUAUUAUCAGCUCACCGACAUGGUAAAAGGCUCAAAUCUCAAGGCCCCGAACAUGUCCCUACUAGACAAGUUAUUUUAAAAAGAAAGAUUGGUAAACGUAAAGCAACUCCGAAUGCAGGGAAGCUGAAAAAAUCAUCAACACAUCUACAAGUUAAAAGAGUUAAAUCCCAAAAUUCCAAACAUAUCCCAUCUAAGAAUGUUGUUUCAAAAAGGAAGAUUGGACAACGUAAAGCGACUCCUAUUACAAAGAAGCUGGGAAUAUUAUCAGCUCAUCAUCGACAAGUUAAAAGGGUUAAAUCUGACAAUUACAAACUUACCCCAUCUAAGCAUAUUGCUUUGAAAAGGAAUGUUGGACAGUUCAAAGCUACUCCUAAUACAAGAACUGCACACCAACAAGUUAAAAGAGUUAAAUCCCAAAGUUCCAAACAUAUCCCAUCUAAGUAUGUUACUUUGAAAAGGAAGAUUGGACAGCGUAAAACAAUUCCUAAUACAAGAAAGCUGGGAAUAUUAUCAGCACAUCGACAGAUUCAAAAAGUCCAGUCUCAAGGUAAAAACUUAAACAAAAAAUUUUAUUACAAUAAAAGAAUUCAAAUGAAACCCAUUGCUAGAAGGAAAGGGAUCAAAAAAUACUCAGGUAAUAAAGGGGCCAAGGAUUCUCCAUUCGUUAAAAAUCUCUUGAAAUCUGCUAUUAAACACGCCGCCAUGGAAAGUAAAACAGCGACUCGAGGUAGAAGAAGACAUCCAGUUAAUAAUUCUAAAUUAGGACGUGUCAAAGAUAAUGAAAACAACCUAAAGCCCGAAAAUUCCUCCUGGUUUCACCUUCCCUGGCCUUUGUCCUCAUACUCACACGCUGACCACACUGAUAGCGACCCUUCCAAAGGCCAAAACCCAGAUAUAAAAAUGGAAGGUGACACAGAUGUGGAUAGCAACUAUUCGUCAAGAUUAUGGCAAUUAUUGGGUUUUCCCGAAGUCAGAAGGAGAAAAUCUUUGAAGAGAAAAGCUGAUAUCCCCUCAAGUGGAAAUAAGCAUGUUGCCCAUGAUUAUUAUUCUAAAACGCGUGAUAUUUCGAGUAGUAAAAGGAAAGUCAAAACACCUGAACCAACAACUAAAAAGUCACGUAAUGUAGCCGCUCCAAAUAGAGCUCUCAAAAGAUCUCAUUCUUUCGAAGUCAGCAAUCUAAACAGUUUUAAAGUUAAGGCCAAGGCGAAAAACAAAUUAAAGAGAGUGAAAAGUAUGAAGGCUUUGAAUCAAGAUGAGAGCAAACAAGAAAAUAUUAGUGAGAGAAAACUUAAGAGAACAAGAUCUAACCAAUCAGAUUUAGAUAUUGUUGAUAAAUCAUCCAUAGAAUCAAAAGAUAAAGAGUAUCAACAAUUUCCUUCCUUAUCUUGGAUAUUUCACCCAUUUUCAUCAUCAAUUACUACAAACACCACUAUGACAGAAGCCAAAUCUGACUCAUCCAUCCGACAACAGGAUAAAGAUAGCUCCCACAGCACAUCUAACCCAAACCUGGUCGAUAAUAAUUCAUACUCGGACUAUUACGCUCAGAAUUUAGACUCAAAUAAUGACUUAGAUUCGGGAAUACAUAUUGGAAAAUCUAAUGAUAAUUCCAAAAAUACUGAUUCCGGCGCCGAAAGAAAUCAACACUUGGGCAACGAUCUCGAGACUCUGACUACUACAACUAAAACACUUGUUACCUCCCGGCUUUUAUCCCACGAUGAUUGAAAAUCUCUCAAUAAGUCAUUUGAUUUUUUUUGUUAUAUAUUUUAUUAAAAUGUUUAUAAAAUCACAGAUUAUAAAUUAUAAAAUUAUUUAUAAAUAAUACAAUCAUAUAUCACUUAAAAACUAUGCAAAAAAUUUAGUUUAUUUUUAAAUUUAUAUAGUAUAUAAUAUAGUAUUUACUAUUUACUUAAUAUAGUUUAUUAUUCAAAUUUAGAAUUGAUCAUUUAUUCGUAUAGCUCAUAAAUCUUAAUCCUACCGAUAAUUUACUUACAACCCAC